GAAUAAUGAGAUAUGAGAAUGAGAGAAUUUGUGAUGGAGGAACGAGCGUAUUCGAAGGUUAUUACACCAACACCUCAUAAGCAUCACUCUUAGCAUUAUUCAAGACAAGAUUUAAUUAAGCUUCGAAUCUGUAACUGUAACUUCUGUACAAGUAAGUAAGUCACUACAUGGUUUUAUUAACUAAGAAUCUCCACGCCCAGUAAGUGUCUCAAAGAAAGAAAUUAAAACAUGGAUCUGGAUGUCGAGUCUUGUCUUAAAGAUUGGAACGAUCUGCAGAACGAGUACAAAGAGCUCGAGGCAUUAAACAGGUCUUACUUAGCAAAAUUAGAAGAACUCAGUGAGUUACAAAAAAAAUGUGUAAGCGGGAUAUCACACCAAAAAUACCGAAUGGGAGUUAUAAAGAAGUCUUUAAAUCAAUUACAUGCGAGCAACACUCGCCAAAUGCUAGACAAGGAUAUGAUUAGGAGGGAACAGCAGAUACACGAAAUGGAACAAACAUUGCCUAAACCAAAUGGCACUUAUCUUUCUAUUAUAUUAGGUAGUGUUAAUGUCUCGAUAUUAAAUAAGAAUGAUAAAUUCAAGUACAAAGAUGAAUAUGAAAAAUUCAAGCUCGUUUUAUCUGUGAUUGGUUUUUUUCUCUCUGUUGUAAACUUAUUUACUAACAUAAGAACACUGGAGCUGAGUUUCAUGUUCUUGCUAGUCUGGUAUUAUUGUACUUUGACUAUAAGAGAGAGUAUACUUAAAGUAAACGGUUCAAAAAUUAAAGGAUGGUGGCGUUUUCACCAUUUUCUAUCAACUGUUGUAUCUGGUGUACUUUUAGUUUGGCCAAACACUGGGCCGUGGUAUACAUUCCGGCAACAGUUUAUGUGGUUCAAUGUUUACAUUAGUAUAGUACAAUAUUUGCAAUUCCGCUACCAAAGUGGCGUACUUUAUCGAUUAAAAGCACUAGGUGAACGGCACAACAUGGACAUAACGAUUGAAGGCUUUCAUUCAUGGAUGUGGCGAGGCUUGUCUUUUCUUCUUCCGUUUCUCUUUAUUGGUUACUUCUUUCAACUCUAUAAUGCCUAUGUGCUUUUCAAGCUUGCUUGGCAUCCUGAAGCAACUUGGCAUGUGCCUGUUCUGAGUGCCAUGUUUUUGGUGCUGUUUCUGGGAAACACUACUACAACGAUACUAGUGAUACCACAAAAACUCAAGUCUACCGUGAUAGACCACUUUAGCUCUGGUAUGGGAUUCAAAUCUGCCUCUAAAAAGGAUGAAAAGAUAAGUGAAAAGUCGGAGGAGACCAAUGCAACAAAUAAAAUUGAUUAAAAGCCUAGUUAAACAAUUCUAUUAGAGAAGAAAUUCUUGUGGAAUCACUAACCAAGAUUUUAAAAUCAUUAAACAAGUGUUUAGCAUGUUCACAUUUAUAAUCAUGAAAAAAAAAAUUAGAAUAAUUUGUAGAUAAUUUUUUCAAGUACUUACGCAUUUUGAUUUUUGAAAUAGCUAUAACACUUAAAAAAAUUCAGUUUUUUAGUUAAUUGUAAAAUUCAAAGAUGACGAUUGUAAGAGUCUUAGCCUAUUUAGCUUAAAAUAACGUGGGCCAAAACAUACAAGACAAAGAAGACGGAGAAAUGAUACAACGUUUUAACGCUCAUCUAGUCCGAAAUCUAGCUCUACAGUUGACUGUAUGUGAAUCGCCACGCACAAGAUUUUUGCAGAAUCGUUGCCAUGCAUCAUUCCAAGGUGUGGAGGAAAGCGCUCACUAAUAAAAAAAGGAAAAAAAAAAAAGAAAAAACUGUUCUACUUUAGUAUUUUAACCUUUACUGCGUGUAUGUAUACGCAACUAAUGGCAGUGACAGAUUUAUUUUUGUAUGUACAUCAAAAAUUGACAACUUUGUUUUAUAUUAUCUAACGUUUGUGUUAUUGCAGCUAUGUUUUUCAAUUUGAAUUUAAUACUUGUCGAUUAUGAUUUUUUUAAUGGCCGUUGUAUUGCAAGUGUACCUUAGAGAUUUUUAAAUGUACUCACAGUUUAAGCUAAUUUUUGAUAUAUUAAGUGUAUUUUGGUUCCUAUAUAUUUUCUUAUCAAUAGUUUAUAAUUUAUACCACGAAUAAUUUCAUUGUAUUUGUGUUUUGUUAAUGGAUUAUCAUCUUAAG